GCGUGCGGCCAGGGAGCAGAUACACAUGGGAGGAGUGACCUAUCCCACGCUGCCACUGCAAGAGGCAGUGCCCCGGCCCCAGUCAGGUUAUGGCCAUCCCCCCACCGCCUGCUCGCCGGCAGGCUCCUUCACUGGAUCCCUGCCUCCUCAGCCCCACAGUGCCUACUUCAGCGGGAUGACCGGACCACAGCACCCAUUCUACAACCGGCCUUAUUUCCCACAUCAUGUGUAUCACCUGCCACGGCAUUACUCCCACCACGUUCCCUCAUCUUCGCAUCCCUCCAUUAAACUACAUGGCCAUCCUAAGGACACCAAUGGACUUGAUGUUAUUGCAGAGGAUGCCAGAGAAAGCCUCCCCUCCUGCCCCUCUGACCCCGCCAUGGUAACCUGACUAACAUUAGCUGAC